CGGCAAGUUUAGAGGUGCGGUGAAACCCAACAUCUGAAGCAAAUUAUCAAAAUGCCAAACUGGGGAGGUGGAAACAAAUGUGGGGCCUGUGGAGGGACGGUGUACCACGCUGAGGAGGUGCAGUGUGAUGGAAAGAGCUUUCACAAGUGCUGUUUCCUCUGCAUGGUCUGUAGGAAAGGUCUAGACAGCACCACCGUGGCUAUCCAUGACAGUGAGAUCUACUGCAAGUCCUGCUAUGGCAAGAAGUAUGGACCAAAGGGCUAUGGCUACGGCCAAGGUGCAGGAACACUGAAUAUGGACCGUGGAGAACGGCUUGGAAUCAAACCAGAACAGACGCAGAUUCACCGACCUACUACAAACCCCAAUCCUUCCAAGUAUGCCCAAAAGUUUGGUGGCUCCGAAAAAUGUGCACGCUGUGGGGACUCUGUGUAUGCUGCAGAGAAGAUCAUGGGUGCAGGAAAGCCAUGGCAUAAGAACUGUUUUCGAUGUGCUAAGUGUGGGAAAAGCUUGGAGUCCACCACUCAGACAGAAAAAGAAGGAGAGAUUUACUGCAAAGCAUGCUAUGCUAAGAACUUUGGACCCAAAGGAUUUGGCUAUGGACAGGGUGCCGGAGCUUUAGUACAUGCCCAAUGAUGCCUUCU